GUAUAAUAUUUGUUUUAAUAGUUCUAAUGAAAUGAUGUCCUAGUCUAGAACUAGAAUGAAUGACGAUAUCUCCUUUCAUGGAAUCUAAACCGGGCUCCACCAAACACACGGACCCCCACUCUGUUGACCAAAGAAAAAACUUCCUUGGUACGCAGAGUGGAGGAGUGGAUUUCAUUUCGGUGAUUCUUCUAUCUUUCCCCGUGCCCGUGUCUGAACUCAUUUCUGCUAUUAAGGCUACCAAAGAAGAAGGGACAAAGAUUUCCAUCGACCAUUGUUCCGGGCCAUUGUUCAUUUUUUGAUUCAUAGUAACUCAGAAUGGAUGCAGGCCACUUACGCCACCAAUGCCAUCUAUAGCAAAUUGAACUCUAUUGAUGUAACUAAGCUCACCAGUCGUGACUUCCUUGUACGUGGACAUAACACGAGUGAAACCCAAAAUAAAAAUUGGAGUGUAUUCAAUUGUUGCAUUGCGUGGGCAUUCCCGGCCAACAUUCCAUGAAUCGUAAAACAUAUAACGAGAAUCAUUUAGAAUGAGUGGUCGAGGAGGAUUUUAUAUAUAAAGACUAGAUACGUUUCACUCUCUCAUCACGGGCAUUCAUAAUUGCUUACUUCAGCGUACAUGGUGCUCACACUGAAAUCGAAGAUGAGUUUAUGGACACUUGCAUUUGUUGUUCUGGUGUGUCUUGUUGUCGAUGUGUCGGGUGCGUCGAUAAAGAAAUCUGAAGCGUGUGCAGCACUUCAAAAAUACAAAUUCUUGCAAGAAGACUUAAUAAAUCUCGAAUUCGAAAAGGUUACACUGGACGAACUGACAACUAGUAUCGGAAAAAUGGCGAAAACAGUCGGGAAGAAGGUGGUCUAUCCUAAGUUCAUUUUGUAUGAAGAAGAGUUUGUAGAUUUUGUCCAAAAGUUAGCGAAGCAAGCAAAGAAGCUUUUGAAGUCUAAAAAAGCAUUAGAUGCCGUGAUAUCUGCAAUACGUAAAUGUCUGGAUGAUACCACCGACCUGAAUGAAAUUGUCAGAAAUUGGGUGCAAAAUUACUUAGACGGCCUAAUUAAAGUCAUGGCGGUAGAUAAGUUAGAAGGAGUCGCAGAAAUGAUAAGGCAAUUUGAAAGCAAAGAUGCAGGUUCUCGUUCCAAUCGGCUUUCGACAGAGAAGCUCAUGAAUUUAUUUACGAAGCUGGUGAGAGCAGAAGCUACUUGGAUCAAAGCUGUGAAAGGGAUGUAUAAAAAGUUCAAAAUUGGGGUGUAUCGUCUUCCAAAAAUCCGAGCGGAAAAAGAGGAUACUUGCAAAGGAAACUUUACGUGCACCGGAAAGGAAGAUUGGAAGCUCGUUGGCUCAAGAUGUUUUCUGUCAGUUGCUAGUCUUGCACACUACUCUUUGGCUCAGAAAGGUUGCAUGGACCGCGGGGGACACGUUGCGUCGAUUCAUAAUAAAGAUGAAAACAACUAUCUUGCAUCGGAGCUGAGAAUAGGAAAAGCAGAUCAUGCAUACUACAUCGGACUGAAUGAUAUCGACAAUGAAGGUGAAUUUGUGUGGCAUGAUGGCUCACCCGUAGAUUUCGAAUUUUGGGCCUCAAAUGACGGAAAAAAGCUUGGAGUGGCUGGGGUCAAAGAUGACUGUACCCAGAUGAUGCCCCAUAUAUGGGGUUACAAUGGUCAUUGGAGGAACGUACCGUGUAACUAUGGCUACGGAGGAUAUUUCUGUAGUAAACCAGCGACGUUAAAGAGCCAGGGACUCAUCCCUGAUAUGCCAUUCGAAACAUAGAUCUCCAAUCCAGAAGUCCACUUGCAACAAUAUGCGACAUUAUUAUACUGUUACCGUAUAGUGUGUCUCUAUUUACUGUUCAUCCCCAAAGAUCUGAUCCAAAUAAAUAUUAUGCAUUGGACAUUAGAAAAGAA